AUGAAGAAGAAGAAGAAGAAGAAAAGAAGAAGCGUUACUGUUCAAAACAUACUUCAUGUUCCGCCUGUCUGUCCCGGGCCGUGCGAGUCCUUCAUGAAGAUGUCUCAAAAAACUCCAGACAAAGACGACCAGUCGUCAACUAACAAAAAAGCCAUCUCCCUCCCAAUUUCCAGAGUAAGGUUGAUCAUGAAGAGCUCCCCCGACGUCUCCUGCAUCAACCAGGACGCUCUGUUUCUCACCACCAAGGCUACAGAGCUGUUUGUGCAGCACCUGGCUGUGACUUCAUUUAACCACGGCCCCGGUAAAGAAACCAACUCUGUGUCUUACACCGACCUGGCUAACGCCGCCGAGGAGACGGAGACCUUACACUUUCUCACAGAUAUCCUUCCUAAGAAGAUCUUGGCUCGAGAUUAUCUUCAAUCUUUGGAGCAAAUGCAAGAAAAUGACAACGACGAUGACGACGCUGACUUUUAAAAAGGACAUUGGCUGCAUCUCAUGUCCGGACAGAUGUUAUCAAAUGUACAUGUCCCGACAUUCAUCGACAGAAGAGACAUCCUGAACUUUCUCAAUGCUCUCAGAUACGCUGAGAGAGUUCAGCUGUCGGGAUGAUGGAAGACAUUAGUGGACAUUGAACUGAAAGUAAAGCCACAAAUAGGAACAUGUGAAAUCAAGUGAAGACUCAAGAGACCACCUUCAAACGCAUAUAAGUUGUGCUGUUUGUCUAAGAUAAAUACUUAAUGCCAGAAAUCUAAAUUCCUAAACAAAGCAGCCUUAGAUGAAUUAUAAUGCAAUCCUGCCUCAAUAUUUUGAAGUGUUAUGAUUGGCCUGGAUUGGAUCUUUGAAGGUUUUCUGGUAACAAUGAGUGAUCAUUGUUGUGCUUGUUAGGGGUCCAUGGUUUUCUCUUAACGUGCAGCCCGCUGUGGACUAACUCCAUGUAACAGACCAAAAUAUAAUAUUACAGUUAUGAGUUAUGAUUUCCCCUCGAAUAUGAUUGGGUCAACACUUUAUUUUACUUGAUGUUACUGAUUAAGUUAUACAUGAUAGUUUUAAAAGAUAUUGUUAUCUAUCAGUUAUGAGUAGUUAAUCAUAAAUACUUAAAAGUUGUUUAAAAUUAUCAAAAGUACAUAUAUACCUCUUAACUACAUAACAAGGGAACAUGCUGCAUCUUUCCAAUGAAAACAUACCAUCGGCCCAAUGGAUGUGAAUAUUUAAAGUGUAUAUAAUAGCUGACCACAUCAUCCAUUAUUUGUUUAGAUUUUAUAUUAAAAUAAAAGUUCAUGCUGUCUUGUA